CGAGUGACGGAAUUCAAAUAUGGUGCAAAACUGGGGACAGUGAUCCGCAGGUGGAAUGGAGAAAAGAUGGCCUACUUAAAGAACUGGGGAGAAGGCUGGGGCUUUGUGCCUUCCAACAGAGCCCUGGUCUUUGUGGAUAACCACGACAACCAGCGCGGGCAUGGGGCCGGUGGAGCUUCCAUUCUAACCUUCUGGGAUGCCAGGCUUUAUAAAAUGGCUGUUGGUUUCAUGCUUGCGCAUCCAUAUGGGUUCACACGUGUGAUGUCAAGUUAUCGCUGGGCAAGAAAUUUUGUAAAUGGACAGGACACCAAUGACUGGAUUGGACCACCAAGUUACUCGGAUGGAUCAACAAAGCCUGUUACAAUCAAUGCAGACACUACCUGUGGCAACGACUGGGUUUGUGAACAUCGCUGGCGUCAAAUAAGGAACAUGGUUGUCUUCCGUAACGUGGUAGAUGGUCAGCCUUUCUCCAACUGGUGGGAUAAUGACAGCAAUCAAGUGGCUUUUGGCCGUGGUAGUAAAGGCUUCAUCGUUUUCAAUAACGACGACUGGUAA